AUGGCUGAAAUCUCCAUAAAGAGACUACAACCUAUCCAGAUAACUUUCCAUACAAAUUAUUACCCAAACAAACGUAUCGUCGAAGUAUUUCACUUGUGCUUUGACCAAAUCGGUAAUCAUGAAGAUCUUUUAAGGAUGGGCUGCAAGUUUUCAAAAUUCACCUCGUGUUGUUUUAUGUCGGAGCAAAAUGGACCAGUUCAUGAGGCGCAAAAAGCUGAAAAUGAGGAAAAAGGUGAAGUUAGCGAUUUGCCUACAUUUCGUGAAUAUUCCAUUGAACAACUGAGGGUAGCUACAUCUGGCUUUGCGGUAGAGAACAUUGUUUCGGAGCAUGGGGAGAAAGCCCCUAAUGUCGUCUAUAAAGGAAAGCUGGAGAAUCAGAGGCGGGUUGCUGUCAAACGAUUUAACAGGUCGGCUUGGCCUGAUUCCCGGCAGUUCUUGGAUGAAGCAAGAGCUGUUGGCCAACUUCGGAGCUACAGAUUGGCCAAUUUGAUUGGCUGCUGCUGUGAAGGAGACGAGAGGUUGCUUAUUGCUGAAUUUAUGCCCAACGAGACACUUGCAAAACAUCUAUUUCACUGGGAGACACAACCUAUGAAGUGGGCAAUGCGGUUGAGGGUGGCUUUAUAUAUUGCACAGGCCCUGGAAUAUUGUACUAGCAAAGGACGUGCACUUUAUCAUGAUCUUAAUGCUUACAGAAUAGUCUUUGAUGAUGAUGGGAAUCCCAGAUUGUCAUGCUUUGGUUUGAUGAAGAACAGUAGAGAUGGCAAAAGCUACAGCACUAACUUGGCAUUUACUCCACCGGAGUACCUAAGGACUGGAAGAGUUAGUCCAGAAAGCGUAACGUACAGCUUUGGCACUCUUUUGCUUGACCUUCUCAGUGGAAAACACAUUCCCCCAAGCCACGCCCUUGAUUUGAUAAAGGAUCGGAACCUUCAGAAGCUAACUGAUUCUUGCUUGGAAGGUCAAUUUUCGAAUGAUGAUGGAACUGAGUUAGUACGUCUAGCGUCUAGGUGUUUGCAAUAUGAACCCCGUGAGAGACCAAAUCCUAAAUCAUUAGUUGCUGCUUUAAUUCCUCUUCAGAAGGAAACUGAGGUUCCUUCCAAUGUAUUGAUGGGCAUUCCUCAUGGUAGGGAGGUUAUGUCACUAUCUGCACUUGGUGAAGCAUGCUUAAGGAUGGAUCUGACUGCCAUGCAUGAGAUUUUAGAAAAACUUGGGUACAAAGAUGACGAGGGAGCUGCAACAGAGGAAACUUUGAACUCCAAGAAAAAGGGUGAUGUAGCUUUCCGGCAUAAAGAAUCUGGGGCUGCGAUUGAUUGUUACACGCAGUUUAUUGAUGUUGGUACAAUGGUCUCCCCAACUGUUUUUGCUCGCCGUAGUUUGUCAUACCUCAUGAGCGAUAAUGCGCAGGAGGCCCUCAAUGAUGCAGUACAAGCACAAGUCAUUUCUCCUGUUUGGCAUAUAGCGUCUUACUUGCAAGCUGCUGCUCUUUUUGCUUUAGGGAAGGAGAAUGAGGCGCAAAUUGCACUUAGAGAGGGUGCGAUACUUGAAGAAAAGAGGAAUGCAGCUUCUUGA